AUGCUGUUCAAUCCCUCCAAAUGCUACAAAAUGUCUGUUUUCCGUAGUAGAUCCCCAGUAGUUAAAGACUACACCCUUUACAACCAAACCCUGGUAGCUGUUCAGCAACAUCCUUAUUUAGGUGUNGGCAUGUGUUCAAAAUCUGUAGAUGUCACGGCAGGGGUACCUCAAAGCACAGUACUAGGUCCAUUAAUGUUUUUGUUAUUCAUCACUGGUAUGCAAGACGAUCUAGUACGUACACUAAGAUUGUUUGCUGAUGAUGCUUUAUUGUAUCAUAAAAUCACUCAUAAUGACGACACCUUGGCUUUACAGCGUGACCUAGACAAACUAGGCCUAUGGGCUGAUAGAUGGCAGAUGCUGUUCAAUCCCUCCAAAUGCUACAAAAUGUCUGUUUUCCGUAGUAGAUCCCCAGUAGUUAAAGACUACACCCUUUACAACCAAACCCUGGUAGCUGUUCAGCAACAUCCUUAUUUAGGUGUUUUGCUGUCUAGCGAUCUGCGGUGGAACUCUCAUGUGGACAAGAUUGCUGAAAAGGGGAACUCUUCACUUGCAUUUGUGAAAAGGAAAUUGUAUACCUGCUCUGAAGAAACCAAACGAGCAGCAUAUGUAUCACUUGUCAGGCCACAUCAAGAGUAUGCGACUGCAGUAUGGGAUCCUUACAGACAGAAUCAAGUGGAGAAACUAGAAGCUAUCCAAAGUCGUGCAGUGAGAUUUCUUAAACAUGAUUAUAGUUAUAACACCAGCGUGUCCAAACUGAAGAAAUCCCUAUCUUUGGGUUUACUAAGCGAGAGAAGAAAAUCCCACCGUCUACAAAUUUUCCAUAAAGCUGUGUUUAAUGAUAUUCCUUUGCCUAUUCCGCCUUAUUAUCAAUUAUCUAUUUGGGAAACUAGAAAUUACUCGACGAAUUCAUUUAUUCAACCAUCUGUACAUCAUGAUUAA